GCGGCCCGAGGCCCCAGUCUCGGCACCCUCGCCGGGCCCAGGGUGGGAGGCGGCCAGGGGGCCCGAGCUGUCCCGGCGGCGGCGGCGCUCCGAGCGGGGGCUGGCCGGGAGCCUGGAGGCGGGCGGUAGGCGGACUACACCUCCGCGGUGGCUCGGAGGAGAUACACCAGCCCAAGCACAGUCGGAGGGGAUCUGCGGCGCGGGCCGGAGGCAGCCACUCGGGGCGGGCGCAGGGGGUCACCGGGGAGCAGUCCGCCGGGACCGGGUGCGUGGUGCGUCCGAGGGGAGCUGUGGGGCGCUCGGGGCGGAGCCGGGGCGGGGCUCGGACCCGGACCUCUCUAGAUCUGGGGCAUCCCCGACCCAGGCGUGGCCCAGACACCCCGCGCGGUUUCUGGCGGGUUAAGAGGGGAAGCCGCUGCCUUUCUCAGCCGACGCCGCCCCAACUUCUCCAGGCUCGAGUUCAGCCUCCAAGUUGCAGCCGCCGGAAAGCCUGCCCCCAGAAGAAGAGCAUCUGCCCCUGGACGUAGUUCUCCUGAGGGUGGUGGGAUUUGUUGCGGGCCGCAGAGGCUCCGGGGACUGAGCCAGGCUGCGGGGAGAGGGCUGGAGAGGGCCAGAGGACCCCGCAGGGCGCGGGCCGCAGUUGGGGCUUUUGCCAGGCAGGGGCGCUGAGCCGGGCUCCUAGAUUCCGAGGACCCUGCGAGUGCCCGCGUUGAUUUCGCGCGCUCUCCCCUCAUCCGCCAGGUGACCCAAGCCUUAUCCCCACAGCAUCCGUUGGAGCGACUUCUUCUGUGCACCCUUCCGAUUCUGUUUCUCAAGAUUUACCCUCUCCCUCCCGGAAACGGUGGCGCGAACUGCAGGUGCCAGCCUGAAGCCCGAGGACGUGCGGUCUCUGCGGAGAGCUGCACCUGGGGAGAGGGGCUGGGAUCCCAGCUGCCUCUGUGCCGGUGGCCCCCAUGCUCCUGUCAUGGGUAACAGGACUAGCGGCUGGAAUAAUCCUCCUGCAUUUCUUGCAGAAACUCGCGUUCCCUUACUUCUGGGACGAUUUCUGGUACCUGCUGAAGGUGGUACGUUACGGAAUUCGGUUGGAGACGUACGUACUGAAAGGGGAGCUGUUCACUGUCCUGGAUAAAUUCCUGAGUCUUGCCAAGAAGCAGCCCCAGAAACCUUUCAUCAUCUAUGAGGGAGACAUCCACACCUAUCAGGAUGUGGACAAAAAGAGUAGCAGAGUGGCCCACGUCUUCCUGAACCAUUCCACGCUGGAAAGGGGGGACACCGUGGCUCUGCUGAUGAGCAACGAGCCUGACUUCGUCCACGUGUGGUUCGGCUUGGCCAAGCUGGGCUGCGUGGUGGCCUUCCUCAAUUCCAACAUUCGCUCCAACUCCCUCCUGCACUGUAUCCGCAGCUGUGAGCCCAGGGCCCUCGUGGUAGGGGCAGAUCUGCUUGGAACUGUAGAAGAAAUCCUUCCGAGCCUCCCAGAAGGUAUCACUGUUUGGGGGAUGAACGAUUCUGUUCCACAAGGCGUAACCUCACUCAAAGAAAAACUGGGCACUGCGUCUGACAAGCCCGUGCCUCGCAGCCUCCAUGUGGCUUCAAGCCUCAAGUCUCCUCAUCUUUAUAUUUUUACCUCUGGAACAACAGGUCUACCAAAAGCAGCUGUAAUCAGUCAGCUGCAGGCUUUAAAGGGUUCUGCUGGCUUGUGGGCUUUCGGUUGUACUGCUAAUGACAUCAUUUAUAUAACUCUUCCUCUGUAUCAUAGUUCAGGAGCUCUUCUGGGAAUUGGUGGAUGUAUUGAGUUGGGAGCUACUUGUGUGUUAAAGAAGAAAUUCUCAGCAAGUCAGUUUUGGAAUGACUGCAGAAAGUAUAAUGUGACUGUGUUUCAGUAUAUCGGAGAACUUUGUCGCUAUCUUUGCAAACAACCGAAGCUUCUUUUCACUUUUGACUUGGUAAAGUAUGAUUUUCAGAAAGAUGAACCCAUUAGAAACGAACAGGGCUGGUGUCUUCAUGUGAAAAAAGGAGAACCUGGGCUGCUCAUUUCUCGAGUGAAUGAGAAGAAUCCCUUCUUCGGUUACGCCGGGAGUAAGAAGCACACAGAAAAGAAACUGCUUUGUGAUGUUUUUAAGAAGGGAGAUGUUUACUUUAACACAGGAGACUUAAUGGUGCAAGAUCAGGACAAUUUCCUCUAUUUUUGGGACCGUAUUGGUGACACUUUCAGGUGGAAAGGAGAAAAUGUUGCCACCACAGAGGUUGCUGACGUUAUUGGAAUGUUGGAUUUCAUACAGGAGACAAACGCCUACGGGGUGACGGUGCGAGAUUAUGAAGGAAAAGCAGGAAUGGCUUCUAUUAUUUUAAAACCAAAUAAGUCUUUGGACUUGGAGAAAGUUUACGAACAGGUUGUAACAUUUCUACCAGCUUAUGCCUGCCCACGAUUUUUAAGAAUUCAGGAGAAGAUGGAAACAACAGGCACAUUCAAACUACAGAAGUUUCAAUUGGUGGAAGAAGGAUUUAACCCACUGAAAAUUUCUGACCCACUUUACUUCAUGGAUAACUUGAAAAAAUCUUUUGUUCCACUGACCAAAGAACUUUAUAAUCAAAUAAUGUUAGGGGAGGUCAAACUUUAAGAUUUUGUACACGUGGGAUUUUCAUAUGUUUUCUUAGGUGAGAGGAGAGUGUGUGAUUCUUUAACAUGAUAUGGGGGGAGGGAAUGGACAUUAACUAACAUACACUGUGUUUUCUUAAUAUGCAACAGGUUUUCUCUAAGUAGGAACUUCCAUUUGUUUUAGUCCAUAACAAACUCUAGUUGCUUAUUUGUUUUACCUAUCUGGGGGUUCAGUGCAUAACUAAAUAUUUGCUUCAAUCGUAAAGAUUCUAAAUAGUAAGUGGUUAACAAUUUAGAAACUUACUACAAAUGUACUUUUUCCUAUUUAAAGUCUCUAGUUUUGAAUAAAUGGUUAAAUUUUGCUCAAAUGUUUUAUUUUUAUGCACCCUGUGCUAUAACUCAA